AAUUUAAGAAAAAAAAAAAAAAAGACAAUCCAGUACUAAGCGCAUGGAUGAUGGAACAAGCAGAGAGAAUAUAAUAACGGUAGAAAGCUGGCGCCAAAAUCCCUAUCAGAUCUAUCAGACUUUGAGAUCGCCAAUUCAAUUCACUAUCUGAGCUCCAACUCAUAACACAAAAAAUUUAAAUUCCUUUUUGUCUUUUAAAACGAACAAGCAAACGAAGACGAAGAGAGAUGCAGAAAACAGCCCAAUCAUGGUUUACUGGAGGUCCAAGCAGCAGCUCCGCCACCUUUAACGAUCAACUGCAAUCCAAGUCUUCCUCUUUGCUAGCUGAUUGGAAUUCUUAUGCUGCUUCUCAGGAUUCUGAUUCUUCGGCUCUAGGGUUUGAUCUCGAAGCUGCUGUUCGCACUACCAGUGACAAAGUCACUGGUACUUUCAACGUGGUUUCAAAAGGAGUAAGGGAUUUGCCUGGCAACUUUCAGUCUGCCACUAGUAAUGUUCCUUCUGGAAAAUCUCUCGUCUAUUUUAGCAUGCUCCUUGCUGCUGGAGUGUUCUUUGUUUUUAUCGCAUUUACAAUGUUCCUUCCUGUCAUGGUGUUGGUGCCUCAGAAAUUCGCUAUCUGUUUUACCAUUGGCUGUGCCUUUAUAGUUGGUUCAUUUUUUGCUCUUAAAGGCCCCAAGAAUCAGCUUGCGCACAUGUCUUCUAAAGAGAGGCUUCCUUUUACAUUGGGAUUCAUCAGUACCAUGGUGGGAACUGUAUAUGUCUCUAUGGUCCUUCAUAGUUACAUUCUUUCUGUUCUCUUCUCAAUUUUGCAGGUCCUUGCUCUAUCAUACUAUGCCAUUUCAUACUUCCCUGGAGGAUCUACUGGGCUGAAGUUUAUUUCUUCAACUUUUACCUCUUCUAUACUGAAAUGUUUUGGAAGGUAAUCUGAAUGUCUAAUUAUUUCUGUAAUAUCUUUGAUCAUUCACAAGAUUGUUCUUACAUUGUUUGUAAGAUAGGAAAUGUUCCUCGGAGCACCAUUCAUGAUUUCUGGAACCAUAAUAUCUUUGUGAAAUUAUACUUUGUUUCUUUUGAUAUGCUCUUAUGCCAUGCAAGUUGAUAAUAUUUAAAUGUAUAUAUUUUCCUCUCUCCUUUUGGUUGGAUGAGUUUUAAAUAUUAAAAGUUUUACUUU